CACUGAACCCUAGUAUGUAGGAUUAAACGCCGUCUAUAUAAGGCAGCGUUAGUCCUGGCGCGUGAAAAAACCAAGCAUCUCUACUCACUUACAUCUACCUUACAUCUACAUAUAAAAUCAAAAUGUCCCGCCCCCUAGAAGGAAAGUUGGGGAUCAUCACCGGCGGCUCGCGGGGAAUCGGCGAAGCAAUCGCCCGCAAUCUCGCCUCGAAAGGCUGUGACCUCCUCCUAAACUACACCUCCCCCUCCUCCCAAUCGCGCACCGAAACCCUCUGCACCGAACUCUCCCAACAACACUCCAUAAAAUGCAUCCCCGUGCAAGCCGACCUCUCCUCCGCUGCAGAAGCAACCCAAGCCAUCCUCUCCGCCGCAAAGCAAAACUUUACCUCGGAAACCGGCCGUUUCCAAAUCGACAUCCUGAUCAACAACGCCGGCGUCAGCGCUGACCGGUUCCUCAACGACGAGGCCAAGGGCCCCAUUGACGUCGAAUACUUCACCUGGCAAUAUACCAUCAACGUGCUGGCGCCGCUGCUGCUGACGCAAGCGGUUGCGCCGUUCUUGCCUAAUGAUCGGAGUGGAAGGGUGGUUAAUAUCUCAAGUGUGUCGUCCAGUAUUGGGUUUACGGGGCAGAGUGUGUAUGGGGGUACUAAGGCGGCGUUGGAGGCUAUGACGCGGACUUGGGCUAGGGAGUUAGCUGAUAAGGCGACGGUUAAUGCGGUCAAUCCGGGCCCUGUGAUUGGGGAUAUGUAUUUUGCGACGGGGGAAGACUUUUGGAAGCAGAUGCAAGGGUUUCAGGAUUCGACGCCGUUGAGUAAGGUAUUGGAGGGGGAUGAGAAGAUGGCGGUGUUGACGGAGGAGCAAAGGUAUUUGAUUCGGGAGAAGAUGGGGAAUAGACGCCCGGCCUUUACGAGUGAGGUUGCCGGGGUGGUGGCCAUGUUGUGUACGCAGGAUGGAGGGUGGUGUACGGGGAGUGUGGUGUGUGCCAAUGGGGGGAUGAAAAUGGUAACUUGAUUGAAUUGAUAUGUAUUCGGUGGAUAUAGAAUAGGAAUAAAGAGUGUGUUUUGUUUUUUGUUUUAUUAUAU